UAAACAACAAACCAAAACCGACACAUCACAUCAAUUGUUGACACAUCUUUUAAGGUUUUCCACUGCCACGCUACCAAAAUUUAAAGUAAUACAUUACAUAAAUGCAAAGUUCACCAUUCGGGUAUAGGGAGCUCGAAACCUCGCCGCGCGCAAUGUAUUUGCGUGACUGGCGAUCCGCCCUGCGAACUCCGACUUAUCGGAUUGGGAAUCGCACAGUUCGCUUCAACUAUCACUUCGCCCUGCUUGUGUUUUGUGCUGUGGUGCUCAUAUUACUCUUUCUGUAUGCGCGUCAAGGCUCGCGAUCCUCCUCCGAGGGCUACUGGCUGCGCAGUAGCCGGCAUGCGAAUUCAGUGGAGUACAAUGCAACGUAUCCCCUGACGCCGCCGCUGAGCCUUCAAGGUGGCGUUAUUAUCUAUCGCAUUGCGAUGAUUGCAGAUCUAGAUAAAAGUUCCAAAGUGGUGAAGACCGAUGACAGCACAACGUGGCGCAGUUAUCUGAAGAAAGGUUAUCUAACAUACACAGCGACAAAGAAUGAGAUACAAAUAAGCUGGGACGAUGGUGCGCCCACGACGCUGGAGUCUGGUUUCGCACUGAAAGGACGUGGCAUGGAACUGUCCGAGCUGGUAACAUUCAACGGCAAACUGUUGAGCUUCGAUGAUCGCACAGGACUCGUCUAUGAGAUUACCAAUGACAAGGUUAUACCCUGGCUGAUAUUAAUGGAUGGCGAUGGACACAACUCCAAGGGCUUCAAGUCCGAGUGGGCAACAGUUAAGGACCACACGUUGUUUGUGGGCUCCAUGGGCAAGGAGUGGACAACAAGCAUGGGUGACUUUCAGAACCACAAUCCCAUGUACGUCAAGGCCAUAUCGACAACGGGUGAGGUGCGCUCCAUCAACUGGACAAAGAACUAUAAACAGCUGCGACUGAUGUCCCAGCAAAUCUCUUGGCCUGGCUACAUGAUCCACGAGAGCGGCGUCUGGUCGGAGGUGCAGCAGCGCUGGUACUUCCUGCCACGCCGCUGCUCCAAAGAAAAAUACAACGAAACUCUGGAUGAGCAUAUGGGAUGCAAUAUUUUAAUCUCAGCCGACGAGGACUUUAAUAUCAUCGAGACGGUUAAGCUAGAUCCGGACAACACAUCCCCUACUCAUGGUUUUUCCAGCUUUAAAUUCCUGCCCCAUGCGAAGGACACCAUUAUCAUUGCCCUCAAAUCAGAGGAGCUCAAUGGCAAGACGUCCACGUACCUAACCGCCUUUAGUGUUGACGGCAAAACAAUGUUGCCGGAGGUGAGAAUCAACACGGACUACAAGUAUGAAGGAUUCGAGUUUAUUUAGCGAAUGGGAACGAGAUGUGCUGCAAUAUCCAAUGCAAUGUAUAUAGUGUAUUAUCCGACGAUCUAUUUAUUUAAUUACAUAUAGUCAAUUAGGUUUUAUAAGAGAUGCUCAUAGACCAAUGCCAUUCAUUUAUUGUGCUGUUUUUAAGAUUUCGUAAUGAAUGAAUUUCGAAUCAUUAAAUCUCUCUUGUGUAUUA